AUGGCUAGCGAUAGGACUGUGGUAUACUACUACCAUCCAGAGGUCGGGAACUUUCACUACGGUCCUCGUCAUCCGAUGAAACCUCAACGUCUAGCGGCCUUGAACAAUCUUGUGGUUCACUAUGAACUGGAUAAAAAAAUGGAGAUGCGGUUGACCCCUAGAGCGAAUGCAAUGGAUAUCCGGCGAUUUCAUUCCAAAGAGUACGUGGAUUUUCUCGAACGAAUAUCACCGCAUUGUGCAGAGGAGUACGAACAUCUAUUCGCGAAAUUCAAUAUAGGGGAAGACUGUCCGAUAUUUGAUGGUAUUUUCGAAUUUUGUUCCAUCUAUACGGGUGGAUCAUUGGAAGGAGCUCAACGUUUAAAUCAUAAGGUAUCUGAUAUUGUAAUAAAUUGGAGUGGGGGACUUCAUCACGCAAAGAAGGCAGAAGCUAGUGGAUUUUGCUAUGUAAAUGACAUUGUUAUCGCAAUCCUGGAGCUGUUAAAAUACCAUAAGCGGGUUCUUUACAUAGACAUCGACAUUCAUCAUGGUGAUGGAGUUCAAGAAGCGUUCAACUUCACUGAUCGAGUUAUGACAGUGUCAUUUCACAAGUAUGGCAGCUUAUUCUUUCCUGGAACUGGAAGUAUCUAUGAUCUUGGACAAGGAACUGGUCGAUAUUUCGCUGUCAACUUUUAUCAUAAAAAUUAUUUUUCAGACUACUUAUCGGUGUUCCGUCCUGUUAUUGGGCAAGUGGUAGAAAACUUUGCACCAGAAGCUGUUGUGCUCCAAUGUGGUGCGGAUUCGCUCGGAUGUGAUCGACUAGGAUGUUUCAACCUUUCCUUUGAUGGUCAUGCCGAAUGUGUUCGUUUUGUCAAGAGUCUUGGAAUACCGAUGCUCGUAUUGGGAGGUGGAGGAUACACUCUAAGAAACGUUGCUCGAUGUUGGGCGAACGAAACGGGUGUCCUUCUCGAUGUUGAGAUGUCAAAUGAGAUUCCUGAAAACGCCGGUUUCGUUAAGUGUUUUCAGCUUCUUUCUGCAAUCCGUCAAGAAGUAAUGGAAAACUUGCGCCAAGUGAGAGGAGCGCCUUCAGUUCAAAUGAUGCCAAUACCUCCGGAUCUUUUCGACAUUGACAUGGCUUUAUCUCGUCCUGAGAUAGGGGACGAAGCUCGGGAAAAAGACCAUGAAGAGACAAACGUUACAUAUUCAGGGAUAGAGAUGUAG